AUGAUGACUGAACAUGUCGACAUCAAUCGUGUCAAUAAUGAUCUUCGUUAUCGUUUUGAAUAUCUAUCAAAAUUUCUUAAUUUUACAUCGGAUGAUAUAGCUAUGCUUAAUACAUUUGCACCCGUUGCUUUUCCACUUAUACCAGUUAUCUCUGAUACUGUUUAUAGAAAAUUAUUUUCAUUUGAUAUAACAAAACAAUAUUUUAUUUUACGUCAUGAAGGUUUUUCACGUAAAAAUCAAUGUGGAAUAACAUUAAAUUCAGUUCAAAUGGAACUUCGAAAAGAUAUGUUAAGUGUAUAUUUAAAACGUGUAUUUACACAAUGUGAUUGGAAUGAUACAUUUCUUCAAUAUUUAUCACAAAUUGGAAAAAUGCAUACAGAUCAAAUUAAUUCAGCAUCAAUUAAUGUUGAUUAUAUACAUAUAAAUAGUUUACUUGGAUAUUUGGAAAAUUUACUUAUUGAUGUUAUAUUUAAUACUGAUUCAAUUGAUGAAAAAACAAAAUGUGGAAUUAUUAUGGCAAUAAAUAAAUUUUUUUGGAUACAAAAUGAUUUUUUUACAAUGCAUUAUUUAAGAUCGGCAAAAGAUAAAACAACAUCAGGAAAACUAUCAGAAACAAAUAAAACAUCAAAAUGUUGUUGGAUUUCAUAA